AUGAACGUUGCCUUUGUAUCCAAAAUUGAACCCAAGAAAAUUGAGGAGGCAUUGAAUGAUGAAAAUUGGAUGAUUGCAAUGCAAGAGGAGCUGAAUCAGUUCACAAGGAACAAUGUGUGGGAGCUUGUGUCCAGAAAACCUGAUCUACAAGUGAUUGGUACAAAGUGGGUUUUCCGCAACAAAAUGGAUGAUUCAAGUCAAAUCAUAAAGAACAACGCAAGGUUAGUUGCAAAAGGCUACUGUCAGGAAGAAGGAAUCGACUAUUACAAGACUUAUGCUCUUGUAGCCAGAUUAGAAGCAAUCAAAAUACUUCUAGCUAUUGCAUCCACUAUGAAAUUCAAGCUGUAUCAAAUGGAUGUGAAGAGCGCCUUUCUUAAUGGAUACAGGAAGAGGUAUAUGUUGAACAACCACCUGGAUUUGAAGACUUUGAAUACCUUGAUCAUGUUUACAAACUGA